AUGACUGAUGUACAAAUACAAAAUCAAACUAGUUUGAAUACUAGUAAAAAAGAGUUUGAGAGUAGAUAUGAUGAUAGGGGGCUUAGAAUUUUAUGUGUAAAAAACAUAUCUAAGGAGACAAAAGAAAGUGAACUGUUGGACUUAUUCAAAAAAUUUGGUUCUAUCGAAAGUAUAAGUCUUAAAGUGAAUACAAGUAUCGGACCGUAUGCCAUAUAUGCCCAUGUUCUGUUUAGCGCUCCCGAGGAGGCUAAAAGAUGUCUAAAACAGAUGAACGGGAAGUUUCUAAAUGGAAGAGCUUUGCGAAUUUAUUUCGAAAGGUAUAACAACAACAAUAACAACAACAAUAACAAUAACAAUAACAACAAAGUAAAUGACGUUAACGAUGAGGACGAAAGUGGCAUUUCUAAUAACUACCCAUACCUGGACGGGAACAAUAAUAAUGGCAACAAUAAUGGCAGCCACAAUGGCGGAGUGAACCACAAUGCAAACAUGUCUAGCCCCACGAAUGGCAACAACAAGUUCAACCGAAAAAUUAAUCGGAACAACCAGUUCUACAACAACAGAUACACAAACAAUAACAAGCGCAUGGCGAGAAAUGAUGGAAUCCUAAAUAAUGAUGGCGCUAUACCGUACGACCCAGAGGCGAACGGUUUCAGAGAAUACGAGCAUGCAAACAAGCGAUUACGCACUGGUGGAAACAACUCCAUGGAGAAUUCCAAUUUUGGUAGCGGGAGCAGUUUCCUCGGUAUGCCCAAUGUAAAUGCAAACGACAUGGAAAUAAAUAAUUUGUUAAAAACGUACGAAGAGAAUAGAAUGCCAAAUAAACCAAUUGGGGACGCACGAAAUAGGCAAAUGGAAGAAAUAUCACAGUCCGUUUUUAAGGAUAGCAUGAAUAAACCCCCCAGGAUAAAACUAUACUUGUGUGACCAUUUGAGAAAGUGCGCUCAACAUGUCUUUAACAGGCCCGCCGUUGACAUCAGUGCGCCAAGUAAUGCAAUAAACAACAUACAUAGUACUAGUGCGGUUAGUAACGAAUUCAAGGGGAAUAUCCACAUGCACGCAAGUGUCAUCAACCCUAAUGCACCAAUGUACCAAUCCGAACAAAAUAAUAACCUUUUAACGGGGGGGGUGAAUUCCUCAACGUUGAAAGAACCCACCAAGAACCACAUACUGAACAAUGGGAUAUUGAAUAGGGAAGGGCAGUUCCACGGAAAUGAAAAACUGCUACCCCCUUUGCAUAGCGGCGGAUCUUCCAUCCCCAACAUGGGAUCGAACAAUCCCACUGGUAAUGUGAAGUACGCCCUGUGGAAAGGAACCCUCGAAAUGAAGAAUAAAGAAAAUCUGAGCGUUAUUGGAUAUGCCGUAAAUGGGGAUGUAAAGAAUUUUUUGAACAAUAACAUUUCUAACAUAGUUAUAAGUCACAGAAAAAAAAUGAAAACGCUACCCAAAAUAGAAGCCACGUAUUAUUUCCAAAUAGAGAAUAAAGAAGACGAAAAUAUUUUGGAUGCCUACAGAAACUAUUUUAAUAGUAAGGAUAGAGUUGGGUUAUCCUCCACAAGUGACGACUGGCAUAUGUAUCUUAUAUUCCCAGGAUGUCCAAUUUUCACAGAGUUCUGCAACUCCGUUGGAGGUAUUAACAACUCAAACAAUUUUAAUAAUAUUUUCCUGGGGGUUGUGUGUUAUAAUCCACAAAUUCUCGAUAAAAAAACUGGUGUAGCAAUGAGGGGGACGCAACCUGAACAUGGUGGUGUAGCUAGUCAAGAUAGCAUACCUGGAAAUUUUAAUCAACAAAAUCCCAUGACAAAUGUCAACCAAACGAAUGUGAACAAGAACUUUCAAAACUUGAACAUUCAUCAUCAGAAUCAGAACAGGUUUACCAACUCAGUUGCAGCGGUUGGUGGCGCAGGGAGAGUGAUGAACAGUAACAUUAACGGAAGCAACCACAGCAGCCAUUAUGGCAAUUUCUCUAAACAGGGGGGAGGUGGCCCAAAUAACGCAGUUAAUAAUAAUUUCCCGCCUCACAGUAACAAUAACACAUUAAAUAACGCGCAAGGUGUGAGGGAGAAUAACCCCCCCACAGCUAACAACCCUCCCCACGGCAACAAUAACAACCAUAGUGGCUUCUCCAAUGCGAACAAGUCCGAUGCAAUCCCAGCAGUGUCGGCGCAAGUCGUGGGAGCCAAGAGUAAUUUGACCGCCCAACUGAACCAGGAGAAUGACUCCUCCAAUGAGAUGAGCGAAGCAAGUGGAAAGGAAGAAAACAAAAAUGAAGUCCCGAAUUGGCUCAAUCAGUUUAGUUCACUAGCAGCAUAUCUUGUCAAAAAAUAG